UGGAGACAUAAUUAAAUAAAGUAAUUAAAAUCAUUAAAUAAUUUCCCAAAUACGCAACACUUGUAACCCAUGGUUCCCAAAAUAGAGUAAAGAAAUGUAAAAUCGAAAUCAAAAUUCACCCACAAUAAUAAUAAUAUCUUCUAUCCAAGCUCUUUGAUUCGCCCAUGGCAACACAAGUUUCAAUCUCCAUCUCCCUACACCGUCAGCCCUUCCACCACCACCACCACCACCACUCCGCCGCCGCAAACCACCACCACCAUUUCCUCAGUUUCCCCAAACGCAGCCGUCCCAGCUUCUCCCUCUCAGCCACCAACUCCUCCCCAUCACCACCACCACCACCGCCGCCGCCGCCGCCACUCCAAACCCCACUCCGCACCGGCCGUUUUCUCACCAAUGAAGAGCUCGAGAAGCUGGAUCUACUCGGAAACUACAGCUACCACCACCAACUAAAAACCGGCCUUCUCUGGGUCCGCUUAAUGCGGGACGAGGAAAUCGACAUGACCGUUACCUUGCUGUCGGAAUCUUUCGCAGAAUCAAUGAUGAUGGCGGCGGGUUAUGUGAAAUUGCUCGAAUUCUUGGUCAAGAAUUACUUGAUUGAGAGAAGAUUAUUGAGCCCCCACAACGCCACUCUCAUCGGAGUUUACAGAGAAGAUGGAGAAGAAGACUUCGAAUUGGCCGGCACCGUCGAAUUGACUUUCAAUCAGACCGGCGCUAAUGCGAAUCCUCCGACGCCAACACCGCCCAAGGGCUCUCCCUACAUUUGCAAUAUGGCUGUGUCGAAGCCGCUUCGUAGGAGAGGAAUCGGGUGGCAUCUUCUGAAAGCGGGCGAGGAGCUUAUUACGAAAAUGAGUUCCUCGACAGAAGUGUAUCUCCAUUGCAGAAUAAUCGAUGAAGCUCCAUUCAACAUGUACACGCGAGCAGGCUACAGUGUCGUUAAGACAGACAGCAUCUUGACGUUGCUAACACUCCAAAGACGCAGGCAUUUGAUGCGCAAGGAAUUCCCUCCUCUCCCCGACGAUGUUUCUGAACUAGAUUUUCCGAACGAACAUCUUUCUUGAGGUAACAAACGUGAUUUUUUUUAUGUUAAAAAAUUCUCGGUAUUGUUGUUGUACAACACUAUACACGAUUACGAAUAGUCGAAUACGACCCUGGAAAAUAGAGUUAUAAUAUAACAAUCAACCGUUUAUGUUGGUCCGAUAC